UGUCAUGGUGGUACUAUGGGAUAUCUACGCGACUCGCAGACGAAGAAAAAAAAUCGAAAUUCAGACUCGAAACAAAACUACGUCGAUCGCGUUCGUGUACCAGACUCAACGUAUAUAUCUAGUGGACCAGGCCGAGGAUCCGGGUGGCGGCAACGAUCUUUGUCGAACAUCGACCUAACGUCUCAAACUCGACAUUCCUUUACCAAACAAUCGAGAGACUACAGCUCGGGAUUGUAUGACCUGUAUUCACGGAUUGAAUCGCGGAAAGACUAUCAAAACGUCUACAAAUUUAACCGUUCCAUUGAUAACAAACAUUCCGAGUCAAUUUAUGAUCAAGUGCGGUCGGAUGCUCCAGUUGGUCCAGAUUCGUGUAGUCUACGUCGUACGCGUAGUCUAGCUGUUAUACGUGAGGAAACUUAUAACGAUUUACAAAUAACUGGCAUUCGUACGAGACGAUCACAGCUCAUACCUCGUGCUAAACUUGUUAAUCGAAGUUUCUUCAAAAACAGAAAACAGCGAUUGCGAGAAGAGGACAGUGGCAGCGGCGUUGACACUCAAACAUCGGAAACACGAGAAUCAGACGACUAUUACGCGAAUCUCAAGAAACUUGAUACAAGCGAUAAACUGGUCAUCGAUCAACCUUGGGCGAACGAUAAAAGUGACUUGGAUAGUUUGGACUCUGAUUACUUUAAACAUUCGCUGCAUCAGUCGCCGGUGGAGGGUGAAAAAGCUCCUAAACUUUACAUAAAAGAGAUCCAAGUACAUGAUACUAAGACAGACGUUAAGUCUAUUACCGAAACUGAAGUAACUUCAUCAGCGAAAUCUGAAGAUCUCACCUCCGAUUCACAAGACGUCAAGAGUCAAGACGAUUGUGAUAGUACUUACGACAACUGUAAGCUUACUUAUAAUACCAACACUUUGACACUGACUCGUGUUAAAAUCACUGAUUUCGACGACGAAGCCGAUAAGAAAUCAAAGUUUAAGGAAGACGGUAAAAGUGUUGUGUCGUACGAUUCAAUUUAUUUGUCAUCAGAGGACAGUAAUGAUCGAACAGUUGUUCAAGAGACUGUUGAAGAUCCUCUACCUGAUGUAAAUGUGAACCAAAACGGAGAAUUUUAUAACGACCCCGACGAAGAUCAACCAAGUCUAGACAGUUUAUACAGCCAAAUCAGCAAAAGCAGCAAAACCAAACCAAAGAUUAUUUCUUUAGAACCAAAGGCUAAUUUGACAUCAUUUUCCGAUACAUCAACUCGAGGUACAUUAGAGCGCCUUACCUUCAUUUCAACGACACCUCAUUCACGAAAGAAGGAUUAUUCACAAGUAGAGGGAAAACGUUUUUCAUCCGAACCGUUUGUCGGUACUCUAAUUGACAAUCAGUACUGCUCUUUACCGGAUGUCAGUAUUGGAUUAAGUUUGCACACAUCGGAACGAAUCGAUGAAAAGCUGCGUCUAUCUUGCAAAAUUGUAGGCAGCGCCAGUAAUACGAAUAAUUCAAUUCAUGACUCAAUAUCACGAUUCGGUAAAGCACAUAAACGAUUGCGACAAAGGGUGGAGAGCGUAGAAGCUGAGGAAAAUAAAUUGCAUUCUGAAGAGCCGUUGAAAGAGGCUGAAGUAAUUGAAGUUACGCCACCAAUCAAACCGAUAGACAUUGACAGCGAAAUAACUGAAAGGCCACCUAAAGUGCAAGGAGAUCCACCAGCGAUAAUUAAUUUGAAAAAGAAGAAAAUCAUCGUCGAUGAAUUGGCUGCAAGAAAUCAUAAGCAAUUGAACGACGUAGACAAUAAAUUGUUAAAAUCAGAAUCAGUGACAACCAAAUUGUCCGAUAUAAAGAUCAUUGUUACUGAUGCACAGAAUAACAUUAUAGAACAAGAGGAUCUUGAUAAGGAAGUUGAAGAAGUAAAAGAAAUUUGUACAGAAGUUCUAUUCAAACCGAAAAAAGAUCAGGAAUUGCUAAAUAAUCAAAAGUCUUCUGAGUCCCACGUUAUUGUUACAGUAAAAGAAGAUAAAAGCUCGGCUAAGUCAAAUCAAACUGAAACCAAAGAUAAAACCCCAUGCGUUCGGCCAGUCGGUUGUAAACAGAUUCAGAUAACGAAAACAGCACUGAAGAAAGCCGCCUCAGUCGAACAGAGAGACCUACGAAGUGAAUUUAAAGCGAAUUUAACAGACACCCUACGGAAACGAAUAGCAGAAAGUCGAAACAUUUUCAACGCCAGACCCAUUCGCAUAUCGAGCGAAGAACAUAUUGAAAAACUUAACGACACAUACGAGAUCAACUCGUCAUUGGCAUACAAAGUUAAAUUUAAAGAACAAACAAAAAUGUCUCGACCGCAAAUUUUAACAGUUGUUGAUUCGAAACGUAAUGUUUGCUCAGUUGCUCCCCGACAAGCAAUUGACUCACUAGCUGAUAGAAACAAAUGUGCUAACAAUUCGACAGAUCUCCAACCGGAAGCUAAACAAGAGUUUAAAGAAAAAGUCGAUUCGGUGCGAUGUUAUUGGUCGAAACUGAUCGAAGAAAAUGGGCAUCAUGAUGUGGACGAAGUUGAUCAUGAAGUGAGUAAUAUGCGUAACGAAAGUGUUCGUAACUACAUAGCUUCGGUUGAGAAACAAAAUCUGGAAAAUUCGUACCAAAAUCGGAACAGCAAGAUUGAGUUACGUGACAACGAAGACUAUACAAGUUUUUGUCCAAGUGUUGAAAUCAUCGAACUGGAUGGUCAAAAGCAUGCAGCUGUUGUGAAAAGUCAGAACACCGACACCCAGGAUUUCGAUCAUGUUCGUUACAAAGUGAUGAAGUCGGAUACAUUCCAGAAGAAUAUCUUAGCUCAUAAUAGGAAGGAAGCACAGUUUGAUGGCCUUCUACAGUACUUACAUAACUACAGUUUUCAGGAAUUAUUAGCCAGUAACAAUGUCGUUAUCAUCGAGCCAAUUCGAACGAAAAUCGAGAAGCCGUCAGCCAAAACAAAUGAAUCUCAAAAAGUUCAUUGCAAAAUAACAGGAGGUGCAGGACGUCAAAGUGAUUCGAACAAGAGUGCUAUAAAAAGACAUUUCUUCUACCAUCCAAUUCGCGUGAACAAAGAACUGUUAGACGAGGAGCUGCCCAAUCCAGAUACGGUUCGAAAAGCGCGAAUAUUAUUUGAGGAAACUCUACGACUACGGAAUUAUCAGAAACAAGACGACGCCGCAUCCGGCAAUGGUGUACGCGGUAAUGAGAAGUUGAGGAGAAAGGCCCUACGAUAUUUAACCAUAGACACAUCAUUCGGUAAUGCUGCUAAAAAGUGGGAUUCUUCCAGUGUAUCCAGUGGUAUAUCCAGCGGUGAACUGAGCUCACCAUGUGAAUGCAAUGACCACGAUGAUAGCAAAGAAGUUUAUUCGAGCGAGGAAAAUAUUUAUGGCUACGAUAUGUGCGAGUCGUACUAUGUUAGUCAGGAUGUUCUGGAAAAGAUUCGUGAAUCAGGUUCAUCAAUUACAUACUUUGGUGGACGAGUAGUUGAUAAGAAUUCAUCCGAGAUCAGUCCAAUGACAAAGGCAAUCAUGAAGGAAAUACGCGGACAGAACCGAAUGUGUGGAGUAUGCCAACCUCACAAUUGCCCGCAUCAAUCAAAAGUAUUCCCGAAAACACCAGAGCCAGACAAUAUGGGUCUGAAAUUCAAAUUGGUAAAGUCGAACAGUUGCAGCAGUCGACUAGAGCUAGCUGGAACAGGUAUCGACGAACAGCAGCUACGUAACACCAAACAGCACAUAUCAGCAAUAGAAAAUCGCUCAAAACCAGCACCACUUGACGCUGAAGAGUCAGUCCGCAGCAUGGUUCAUCGUUUGGAGACCGGUGCAAUAAAUCAGAAAGAAGUUCCUCGUAUCAUCGAAUCGAAGUGUAUUGAAAAAAUUGUUGAUCCGAACAAAAGAAUAGAAACGGAACAACUAAUCGACACGUCCAUGUCAAUCAAUAACCAGAUGAUUGAUGAGCAACAAUCCCGUUUGGGGCCUGUUGAUAUCCUGAGACAAGUCACCGUAAAUAAUCACAUUAACUUUACGCCACCUGUUGUGGUUGGUGAUACAGCCAAAUCUACCAGCACCACCACAAUGGCACAACGAAACCAAACUCAUCAAAAUAAUCAUUUACCGGAAACAUUACGAACCAAUAAAGUGCCACGAAAUCGUAAUGUUGAUUUAGCUUUUGCCAUGAAUAAAACCGCAAAAGAAAAAUCCGACGAAACGAAAAAGGUUAACACGAACGAGGUGUUAUCGGAACCGGAUGGAAAUCAGCAAGUAAAUGCGACGAGCUUUAGAAAUGCGAAAAAAUUGCUGAACGAAACGGAUGAUAAUGAAACGCAAAUGACGAUUCAAGUGUGCUCGACGAAAAGGGAGGUUGAUGUAGCUAACGCAAAUGGGGGACAGGAACAACAACAACAAUCAACACAAAGCCCACGGCAACUGGUUAAGUGGAAUACAUUAAGUCAGUUUGAUGAGAAAAAUUAUGUUGCCAAUGAUGUGAAAUUGAAACAGAAACCAAAGUACGACGAAAUUGAAUUCGAAGAGUUUCAAGUUUAUGAUCCGAGUAAUGCGAACAACGAGUGUUAUGAUAGUCUUAAUGAUAAAUGAAUGGAAAUUAAAUGUUUCUGAAUAUAUAUAGAGCUUCGGGUAAUAUUGUAUUCGGUUCAACGUUAAAUUAAUAAAAGGGAUGCUAACGGUAGUAAUGAACGUAGAGUAAAUGUAAUUGAGUGGAAACGAAAGUACUUCUACACGUAAGUUUAUGUAGAGCUUAACGGAAAAAAAUUUUCUUUUUGUUUUGGUGGUUGGUGUUUUUUUCGUUUAUUUAUUGACUUCUAUUCAUAGAACAUAAAGUAAAUCAAUAAAUGAAAUUAUUCUCUUGCAUGCAUUAGUUAUCGAUCGAUCACGCUAGCCUAUACAUUUAUUAUAUAAAAUGAAAAUUAAUUAUUUAUUGAUGUCAAAAUCAGAAACAGAACAAAUAAAUGAUAAAUCAUUAAACUUGAA